CGUAUUGGGCUGUUAAUAGGCGACUUACAAAGCCCAAUAGCCUACAAUACUCUUAUUGCCAUCGUGUGUUUAAUGUUUACAUCUGCUCAAAACAAUGGACAUAGCUCUCUUCUCCCCAUCUUCACUCUUUGCUCAAGACGAUGAUAGCUCUACAGAUGAGGAAAAUGCUGAGGCCCAGCAGAAAUUUGUGGAGAGAAAUCAUCAGUUUCCUGGAAUGGAGUUACUUAUACGAGAAUUUACUUUUCACCAGUUGAAUGCUAAUUUACUUUGGCCAGGAUCAUUUGCAUUUGCAGAAUGGUUAGUUCAGCACAAGUCGUGGAUAGAAGGAAAACGCAUAAUUGAAUUAGGGAGUGGUACUGGAGGUUUGGCAAUCUUUCUUUGGAAGUUGUUUCAAAUUGAUAUUACGACUUCAGACUAUGAUGAUUCUGAAAUCGAAGAUAACAUAGCUCAUAAUUGCAAAGUUAAUGGGGUUAAUCCUGUUCUUCCUCAUAUAAAGCAUUCAUGGGGUGAUGCCUUUCCAACUGCUUGUCCAGAUUGGGACUUGGUGAUUGCCAGUGAUAUAUUACUGUAUGUUAAACAAUACAACAACUUGAUAAAAACCCUAUUGUUUCUCUUACAAACUCACAAGUCAAAUUCUGAUGAAUCAGUUCAGAGGAGGAAUGACAGAGAUAAUGUCGAAUAUACAGGGGCGGCUCGCCCUUCAUUCUUGAUGAGUUGGAGACGCAGAAUUGGUAAAGAAGAAGAAUCAAUUUUUUUCAAAGGUUGUGAAAAUGCUGGCCUCGAAGUGCAACAUCUAGGAUCACGAGUCUACUGCAUAAAGCCCAGAGAGAUAGAGGCUAAAGAAAUAGCACAAUCCUGUUGAAUUUAGUGAAAUCUAAGUCUGUCUUUACUUUCCAAGAGUUCCAGUUGGUUCUAAUUAUAUAAAUCCGCUGCCGUAGAACUUUUUUCUUUUAAAAAGUACCAUACAUGGACAUUCUCACCCCCUUGGUUGUUUACGACUCGUUUUUUUUUAGCUUGAUUGAAGGAUUUUCUUACCAAAAAUUAGGUUCGUCAGACUGGGAAACUACAUUCUUUGCUUAAGAGCAUCUCCCGUGGGAAUUGGAUCUAUAAUAUAAUAUUUUGUAAAAUUUAUUGAAGGUGUAAAACAUUUUGCAAAAUUUGCUGAUGUGUAAACAUUUUGUUUUGUGGC